AAUGUGUGUAUAAAACUACCUACGGUUUCAGAACUUUACACAACGUGAUGUAAUUCUUAAACACAAGAAGAAGCACUUCUGUCUGUAUAAAGAUACAUAUUGUAUUAAUUAGGAUUCUUUUGAUUGUAACAGAAACUAAACUCACACAAGCUUAAGAAAAAAAAUGAAUAGGUGGUAAUUUGUGGUUUGGUAAUUGGGAAACCGAGUCAGAAUUAGAUCCAGGAGGUCAGAGAUGUCAUCAGCACUCUUUGUUCCCCAUUUCCUCAGCUCUGCUUAACUUCUUAUUUUCUCUCCACUCAGAUGCAAGUUAGCACCUGCAGGCUCAAGCUGCCAUGGUUCUUAUAGGCCUCUGUCUAGAAAAUGAGGUGUAUCUUUCCUUAUAGCACCAAAAAAAUCUCAGGGAGUAUGUUGAUUAGUGUGACUUGGGCCACAUUUCUCUCUCUGAACAAUUACUGUGACCAGGUGGAUGAAGUAUCCAGACCAGGCCCUGGUCAUAAGCUCACCCUGGGAAGACAGGGUCUACCCUAAAGAGGAAUCUAGACUAAGUUGAAUUAAUGUGCAGUGGGGGAAGAUGAAGUUCUCCAAAGGAAAUGCUUUCUAAGUAGAAAAUAAAAUGUCCCCUAUAGAGCUGCGAAGAUUCAGUGCCGCCUUUGUUUGUAGCCUUCCCUCUUUGUGGCUUUUUAUCAAAAGAUGGUGCUCAGGUUCUUAUCCCCACUAAGAUACUAGUAAUUGCUGCCCUUUUUUGGUGGUGAGGGUAUGGGGUAGUAAGAGAUUAGAAAUAAAGAUCUUACAGUUCUGCCUGUUCCAAAAGCUCAGGAGAAGAAGAGAAAAAGCCCAAUCGUUUUGGAGUUGGGAAGAGGCUAGAACAUGGCUUCUGAUUCUGUGACCUUGAGCUUCAUAGAGGAACCGAAAGACUCCUCUAUAAAAAGGUGGAGUGGUUCUAAAUUUCUGGCAGCCAGUGGGAACAGAGGAGCAGCGGAUUCAGCCCAAAGAGGCUCAAGGCUGAGCCAUGGGAGGGGCCAGCGAAGGGGGCGGGAACUGAACCCCGGAGGACUUGACCACAGUGUGCAGUGUGCGGCGCCGGCUGCUCAGAGCGGAGCCAUGAGCUGGACCUGCCCACGUUGCCAGCAACCCGUUUUCUUUGCAGAGAAGGUGAGCUCCCUGGGCAAGAACUGGCACCCAUUCUGUCUGAAAUGUGAGCACUGCCACAGCGUCCUGUCCCCAGGAGGGCAUGCAGAGCACAACGGAAGGCCGUAUUGCCACAAGCCAUGCUAUGGGGCUCUCUUUGGACCCAGGGGGGUGAACAUUGGUGGUGUGGGCUCCUACCUCUACAAUUGCCCCACCCCCACCCCUGCCAGCGCUACUCCUCUUAGCCCCAGCAGCUUCAGCCCCCCCAGGCCCAGGACUGGCCUCCCCCAGGGCAAGAAAAGCCCUCCCCACACGAAGACGUUCACUGGGGAGACCUCGCUGUGCCCUGGCUGUAAGGAACCCGUCUAUUUCGCUGAGAAGGUGAUGUCUUUGGGCAGAAAUUGGCACCGACCCUGUCUGAGGUGCCAGCGGUGCCGGAAGACCCUGACUGCUGGGAGUCACGCUGAGCAUGACGGCGUCCCCUACUGCCACAUCCCCUGCUAUGGCUACCUGUUUGGCCCCAAAGGUGUGAACAUUGGUGAUGUGGGCUGCUACAUCUAUGACCCCGUGGAGAUCAAAUGAGAUGCUCAUAGCAGAGGUCACCCUAACUCAGGCCUCCCAUCAUCCUCUCCAUGGUCCAAUGGAAGCUACAGAAUUCUCUAGUCCCACGAGGGUGGGAGAAGGUGUGAUUCUGGCAGCCUGGGCCUAGGCUCCAUGGUAGACCAGAGUCUACACUUUCUCUGCCAACUCCUCCCUUUCCCAUUCCUAUCUGGUCAGGCAACAUAGGCCACCCCAUUUGAAGGUUAGUGUCUUGGUCUUCCCAAUCCCUUGACCCAGCAAAUUCUGUAACUUCAAGGUACUCAAAAAACUUGUGUUUA